UUAACAUAUUGAAUGUUUACAAUGUGGUUGGCUUCGCAUCUUUAAGUGAGACUUGUUUUUCAAACAGUUGUUGUGAAGUGUAUAGGAUUGUUUGGCAAAUUGUAUGUCAAUUUUAACUAUAAAAACCUGAGUGUAACUUCAUAAAGAUGUCUGCAGCUGAUUGGGAUGAAGUUAAACGGCUAGCCGCCGACUUUCAGAAAGCGCAAUUGAGUUAUACAUUGUUGAAAUUAUCAGAACGUAAUUGCAUAGAAAUUGUCUCAAAACUUAUUGAAGACAAACUCCUAGAGGUAAUAUUUACCAAUGAUGGAAAGGAGUAUGUGACACCUCAGCACUUGUCAAAAGAAAUAAAAGAUGAGCUUUAUAUUCAUGGAGGACGCGUAAAUUUAACUGACUUGGCCAAUAUAUUAAAUGUUGAUUUGUCUCAUAUAUACAAAAUUGCAAUAGAUAUUGAAAAACAUGACAAAGAACUGAAAAUAGUGUUAGGUCAGUUGAUUGAUAGUAAUUAUAUGGCUAAAGUUGCAGAAGAAGUUAGUGAUAAACUUAAUAAUACUGGCGUCAUCAGUAUCAUGGAUUUAACAUUACAUUACAAUUUACCUGCUGAUUUUUUGCAACCAUUAAUUGAAAAAGAAUUAGGCAAAACUAUAUUUGGUAAACAAGAUUCUCAAGAUCCACGCAUAAUUUACAAUCAGGGUUACAUAGCUAGGAAUGAGGCAAAAAUUAGAGGUGCACUCUCAGCUAUAACAAAGCCUACUCCGAUUUCUGCAAUCCUAGGUCAAUGCACUGUUCCAGAAAGAAUAUUUUUUUCUAUUCUAGAUAAUCUUCAAGGGAAGAAACAGGUACCCGGUGUAGUAAGUGGAAAACAAAGUAGCAACAGCAUUUAUGUUCCCACUAUUUAUUCUAAAACUCAAAGUGAAUGGGUAGAUAACUUUUACAAACAAAAUGGCUAUCUGGAAUAUGAUGCGUUACUCAGACUUGGCAUCUCAGAUCCAAAGAGCUACAUCAAACGACAUUUUCCAAAUAAAGAUUUAGUCUAUUUGAAUACAGUAGCUGUUGGCUCUAUGUUGAUAGAUCAAGUAGAUGCUAAUAUUGAAGAAGUCGUGGCAUCUGGAUCCUAUACUGAUAUUUAUCCACUUUUGCCAUCAGUAUUCAGUCCACAAGACAUCGAGAGAUUGCUUCAUGAAUCAUCCUUGAAAUUAAAAUCAUCCAUUCAUAUUUUUGCGACGACGAUUAUAGUAUCAGAAUCUUACUUACAAAACCUUUACAAGCAAUUGGAAUGUUUGGCCGAAAAAAAAGCCAAAGAAGCAGUAGAUAGCGGUAAGUGGCUUCAGUCGAUUGUUGAGAGCAAAAUAAAAACCAAAGUCACAGAAAUCGUGGACACAAAAGCAGACAAAAAAGCCGAAAGGAGAAAAAAGGCUGCAAGCGGUAAAGCUGGUGGUGGUAGUCAAGGUAGAGAAACGAAAACCAAGUCGACAAAGAAGAAGUACAAUCAGGGUAAGAAUCAAGAUUUCGAUUCGGAUGACGAUCAAGUUGCUUCGUCUCAUGGAAAGGCUGACUUACAUCUGGUAAGUACAGAAGAUAUCAAAAAAGAGCUGAGCAAGGAUGAAAACUUGUUUGACUGUGAGGAAUUCAUCGACGAGCUAACCAAUCACUUCCAUUUGUCACUUAACAAACACGUUGCGGAAGUGGCUGAGCAGCUGCUGCAGAAAAACAAAACGAAUCUUAGCGAGUUGGACGACCGAUUAAAUACGCUCGUCAUGAAUAUCAAGGUGUUUGAAAAGGGAAUCAAGUGUUUAGACAAAGACGUUCAAGCACCGCUUGUAAAAUACUUGUUGAAAACACUAGUGGUAGACUUUACCACGGAAAUCUUUAAACUAGCCGCCAAUCAAAAUGUGAUGCAGUGCGCGUCUAAUUUAACGACGGAGGCAAGACAAAAGAUGCUAAUGGAUUUUCCGAAAGACGUAAGGGAGCCGCUAACGAAUUUGCACAGGGCAACUAUCGGUAACAAUUUAGAGGACUUUUUUAAUGCCCUUGAACCAGCCAUGUCGGCCUGCUGUUUGGCUCUGAAGAAAUACGAUAAGAAGAAAGAUAGGCCGAUCAUCAUUGGGCACAGGGAAGCUCUACUAGAGCAGUUGAACAAUACUCAAGAUCCGGCCUUGGCUUUACACUUGACGACGACGAUAUUGUUCACUGCUGCCACCCAAAAUGCCCUUCAUAUCUCUGGAAGACAUGUUUCGACUAUUCUCGCAUAUUUGUAUCCAUACUUGGAAGAGACGUGUGUAUCUACACUUUCGAAGUAUCAUGAUCUAGUGCUGCAGUAUUUAAGUUUGCACGAUCAAGAUGACAAAGAAAAAUUGCAAAAACAGCUGGAGGACGGUCUGCAAGAUGUUAAAAAAAUCGCUAGUGAGUACAAGAAACAAGUGAAAGCUGAAAAAAUUCAAGAUUGAAUUUCGAACUGAUAAAAGUGAAUCAUCCGGUGAUCAUCAAUUUUAGAAUUGUUAUUGUAUUUUAUUUUGUAAUUGUUUCGAUGAUAUUCAUUUACACGUAAUUCUUACACAAAAAAAUUUCUAUGUUUACAAACGUUUUAUGAAAUAAUUAAAAC